AUGGCUCUAUUCGAAGUCCCGGGAUGGAGCGUACCAUCCGCGCCGGUUACUCAGGUCAGCAAGAAACGCAAACGACCUACAACGAAGGCUUCCACCGAUGAUGUCGACGACGUGGAGCGAAUGAAUUCAGCGCAGAAGAACAUUGAGAAGCUUAUGAGGACUCUCGGUGCAGGAAUGGGCGCACUAGAGGCUGACAGCGAAGUACUCCCAGUAAAGAAGAAGCGCGAGGGUAAGGAGAAGAAGGCAAACGGGGCAGAGCAGGUCCAGGAGCAGGAUGCAGGAAGAGGGCGCAAGGCGAACAAGGAAAAAAAGAAGGCCGGAUCGAGGCCAAGCAAUAGCAAGGAGCGGCAGACGAAAGAUAGCAAAAAGAUCGACGGAGCAGCCCUUGACAAACUCAGUCCGUCUCCCGCAAAAAGCAAGAAGCAAAAACAGAAGAAGAAACGCGCUCUGUCUGCAGAUGCCCGCUUCGAUGCAGAUUCUGCUCAUGACGACAUCACGGGUCCACCGGUUAUGCCUGUGUCUAAGGAUGGUGCACAGACUCCAGGGAAGAAAGCAAACAUCGGCAAAGACAAGCAGACGCAGGAGGGGCUGACGGCCCUUCAGGCUAAGAUGAAGAACAGUUUAGAUGGCGCUCGCUUCAGAUGGAUCAAUGAGAUGCUCUACAAGUCUGACAGCAAGAAGGCGCAUGAAUUGAUGAGCCAGGAUCCUGCCGUCUUUGCAGACUAUCAUACGGGAUUCCGCCAUCAAGUCGAGUCAUGGCCUACUAAUCCGGUAUCCCACUACAUCUCCACGCUGUCUUCUUAUCCAGCAAAGACGGUCAUCGCAGACCUCGGUUGCGGCGACGCAGCCCUCGCACGCGCUCUCGUCCCGAAGGGCAUGUCUGUACUUUCCUUCGAUCUCCGUUCAGACGACGCGUAUGUCAUCGAAGCAGAUAUAUGUUCGCGUAUACCCCUGCCCGGGUCGGAACCAAGCGCUGAAGGAGAAGGCGAGGCUCAAGUUGUCGAUGUAGUCGUUUGCGCGCUUAGCCUGAUGGGUACAAACUGGCCUGUUUGCAUCCGUGAAGCGUGGAGGAUCUUAAGACUAGAAGGCGAAUUGAAGAUUGCAGAAGUGACGAGUCGCUUCGCGAGCGUGAAUGAUUUCACGUCCUUCGUUGCAUCCUUUGGAUUCAAGCUCAAGUCAAAGGACGAGCGCAACACGCAUUUUGCCCUAUUCGAGUUCAAGAAGGUACCGCGGAAGCCAAAAGUUGAGAAGGACUGGGAGAAGCUUUUGUCACGCGGGGGCAUUCUCAAGCCUUGCGAAUACAAGCGACGGUAA